AUGGAAGAGCAAGCGCAGAAGCUCGUCGAUGCUACCGCUCGAGCAUUUACUGGCGGAAAUACAACCAAGGCGAUGGGCAAACCACUGGCCAUGGGAGCACCGAUGAUGCCAGCCAUGAUGGGGAGAACACCCAUUAUGAGUGCUCCUGUUGCUGGAAUGCGUGGCGCAAUGCCACCUUUCGGAUUUCCUGCAGCGAUGCCUCCAUUCGGAGUUCCCAUGGGAAUGCCUCCAAUCCGCCCUCCUGGUCCUUUCCGAAGUGGUCCAGGCGGAUCACUUGGCUCAUCGGAGAAGAACAAAUCAGGCAAGAAGCUGCCUCAAAGACUUGUACCUUACUUGAGCAUGGGUGAUGAGGAGAAGGGAAGACUAAGGCGAGAAAUUGCCUCGUCCUUUCGAAUCAACGCUUUCGAACCUAAGAAGGAAGUGCUUAACACAUGUGUAGAAGCGCUAUCCAAGUACGACAAGGAAAAGAGGCAAAAAUGGAUGAAUAAGAUACUUGAGACGUUGAGGAAACAAUCCCGUACGUUUUCAUCUAGACAUUUCCUAAGGAGAAGGUUAUUCAGUGGCCGUGGGCAUUUGUUAUGAGG